AUGUUUCAAGGGCAGCGGGGUUGGUUCUGCGGCAGCGUCCGCCAGGACCUGAGGCAGUUCUGGGAGGCCGAAGGGGGGACGAUCAGUGACCCAAGGGCCGCCGACUUCUUGUUCAGCUGUGAUGCUUCCCAUCCAGACACGCUGAGAAUAUAUGAGAGCCUCGAUUACAUAGAAGAUAACGCUACAGUUUUUCAUGCCUACUAUCUCUCUGCAGUAGCUAAAGCUGAAAUUAAAAACUCGGUGGCUUUAGGUCAUUUCAUUCUUCCUCCUGCAUGCCUGCAAAAAGAAAUAAGAAGAAAAAUCGGUAGUUUUAUUUGGGAACAAGACCACUUUCUGAUAGAAAAGCAUGAUGAAGUAAUACCAAAUGAAAUAAAGGCCCUUAGGGAAAGCAGUGAACUAGCAACAGAUCACAAAAAAGAAAUAUCCAAAAGAACAGAAAAGCAUUUCAUAAGGACUCCAGUUACAGAAAAGCAGAUGUACUUCCCUCUUCAGAAUUACCCAGUGAACAACAUGGUAACAGGUUAUAUAUCAAUUGAUGCCAUGAAGAAAUUCCUCGGAGAGCUACAUGACUUCAUUCCUGGAAGCUCAGGAUAUUUGGCAUAUCAUGUUCAAAAUGAAAUUAAUAUGUCUGUUAUAAAAAACAAAUUGAAGAAGAAAUAG